AAAACUAUUACUAUAACAGAGCUAACAGAAAUUAACAAACUUUUUUGUGAAUUUGUUACACAUUAUGAAAGAGAAUAUAUUAAGAAUAAUUCCAGUCAGAUUCCAGCAGCACUUAUUUCUUAUCAUUAUUUGCUGCAUAUUUCUACUUCAAUUCGUAAUACUGGACCUGCAUGGGCAACUUGGCAAUAUUGCAUGAAUAGGACUGAAAUGCAACGUCUCAGAGCUUAUUAUAUUACAGCAUUGAACAUACAUACUAACCAGCUUGCAUUAAUUACAGAUUCUGUACAAAAAUAUGGAAAACUUCAAAUAAAUGGCAAACUAGCGAUUAAUUCAAAGCUAUCUAAUCGCAA